AACACACUGUGAUACAUUUAAUAAUAAUAAUAAUAAACAGUAAAAAAUGAAUUUUUACUGUAUGAAAUUCCAUUUGGCCCUGCAGCAUCGUUCUAGCUUUAUGAAUGAACAUAACUGGCACAGUGCCACUAGGUCCUAAAUUUCCCCCCCAAAAAAAACCUAAAUAAGAAAAGCUGUUUGGUAUAAAAAUCCAAUAAGAAAAGUUGACAUAUACAAAAAAAAAUGUAUUCUCCAAAAAUGUAUAUGCAAAACAUAUUCUCAGAAAUGCAUGUAUAAUUGCCAUUUACUGAAGUUCUUCCCGACUUGCAUUGAACAGUGAGGAACGAAACUGUCCACAGUGAACACACUCCUCAGAACCUUUCUUUUGAGUUCCUACUUGUACAUUCAAAAUGCAAUUCACUUUAGUUUCUUUUACUCUGCCCCUUUAUCAAAGUGCCCAGGUUUAGGGUGAGUUUCUGUAAGCCAGAAGUCUGUUGCCUUUGGACAUCUGUACCUAACUGCAGCCAAAUGCAUCCCUCUGACGAGGCAGGACAUGCUGGCUGCAGCUGAAGGAAGGAAUUUCUCUCUGAAGCAGGGAGUGUCUGCAUACAAAAUGCUCUGCAGUUUUCUGCUUCAUAGGUCAGACACUGGUUUAUAUGUUGUUUUUGUGGCUAUGCUCACUCCCAUCAAAAUUUGUGCAAAUUUGUUUAAGAAUUUGCUUGCAUCAUUUUACACAUCUGGAUGAGAGAUGUAGACCCUCAACUGGAAUAAAUAUUGAAAUGUAUGUCAUUUAACAAUUCUUGAGGGUUAUAUGCAAGAGCUCAUUUACUGUAGAUUUCCAAUGUAUGCUUAAAUAAAGCCCAAGACAUGAGAGGAUAUUAUGGCUAGCGGGCUGUGCGUAAUGUCUUGGAGAGUGAUGUCAUGCCCUGCUCUGCAGUAACUCUACAUGAAAUGCUUGUUUUUCUUUUUUCACAGAUGUUAUUCCGCAUGAUCAUUUUGCUCCCGUUGUAUGCUGAUUUAUUUCCACAGCAUUUCAACUGCUUAUUUGACAUUUGCCCUAAUGAUAGAUAAUGCUCUGUGAAAGAUUAAAAACAGGAACUAUUGGAAAGAAAAGAUAAAAAGCAAUCAUGAGAAAUGUCUUGACUUGACUGGGACUGUUGGCUCAUGAUGAUACCUUGUCUAUGCCUUUAUUCACUGAUUCUGAUUGUACACACUACAGAUGCCUCGUCCGUCUCUUCUGCUUUGAGCAUGGGAAGUCCUCGCAGUGCUUUUCCCACCUCUUCCACCUCAGCUUCAGAGCGGAUCGCCGUGUACGAGAGCAGCACGCCGGGAGAUGUUAGCAGUCGAAGAAAAGCCGAGGUUCUGGCUGCGGAAAACAAGCAUUCCGGUCGAGAAAAAGGUGGCCAGCAGACCCAGCAGCAGCACCAGAUGACACCCUCCAAACGGCCUGUCCUCAACAUCUCGCCUCCACCAGAGGACCUGUUCGAUGAGAGCAACAUUUCCUGCCAAGAUGAGCUGCUUCUCGACUCGGAGCAGAGCAGCAGCAUCUGGAUGGAAAACUCGGUGUCCAACUUCAGCAUUGUGAGCUCCAGCUCCUACAAUGAUAACACUGAAGUGCCCCGCAAGGCCCGCAAGUGCACCCCGCGACAGAAGCCCGGGCCAAAGCCGGUCCCUGCUGAAGAAGCCAGUAUGGAUGUCUUUGAUGCAGAUAGUGCCAAAGGUCCACACUUUGUGCUCUCGCAGCUUGGCCCAGACAAGACCUGUUCCAAAGCAAGCUCCGAUGGACCCCAAGCAUCUGGUCUCAAAGGUGGGAUACUGUCUUGUCAGUAUCCUCAGAAAAGUGAAGGGAAGGAACUGAAGAUCGUGGUGCAGCCUGAGACUCAGCAUAGAGCGCGUUACCUGACUGAAGGAAGCCGUGGGUCUGUGAAAGACCGAACACAGCAGGGUUUCCCCACUAUCAAGCUCGAGGGUGUGAAGGAGUCAGUGGUCCUACAGAUUUUUGUGGGCAAUGAUGCUGGACGUGUGAAGCCCCAUGGCUUCUACCAGGCUUGCAGAGUUACAGGCCGUAACACAACCGUCUGUAGGGAAGUGGACAUCGAAGGCACCACUGUCAUCGAAGUGCCUCUGGAUCCCAGCAGCAAUAUGAUUCUGGCUGUGGACUGUGUGGGGAUCCUGAAGCUCAGGAAUGCUGAUGUGGAGGCCCGUAUUGGGGUGGCUGGAUCUAAGAAGAAGAGUACCCGCGCCAGACUGGUGUUUCGAGUCAACAUCCCACGCCCGGAUGGCUCUGUGCUCACAUUACAGACCUCUUCGUCUCCCAUACUGUGCACCCAGCCUGCAGGAGUACCUGAGAUUCUCAAGAAGAGUUUGCACAGCUGUUCGGUUAAUGGGGGGAGUGAAGUCUUUAUUAUUGGAAAAAACUUUCUCAAAGGAACCAAGGUCAUAUUUCAGGAGAACGCUUCAGCAGAUGAUAAGUCCUGGAAGGCAGAGGCUGACAUUGACAUGGAGUUUUUCCAUCAGAAUCACCUUGUUGUCAAAGUCCCUCCAUAUCAAAAUCCAGCUAUCACAUCUCCUGUAUCUGUUGGUAUCUAUAUUGUUACGAAUGCUGGACGUUCCCAUGAUAUUCAACCAUUUACAUACACUCCAGAGCCAGUUGUUGAUUCUUCUGUGAAAAAGGAAGUCUUGCCUCCAGUGACACCUUGUUGUUUUGAACAAAUGAAAGUAAUCGAUACUGCUUUGAUGACGCCGGUUUUGCCUCUUGUCAAACGAGAAGAGGUCACUCCUAUGGAGGUCUCCAGUAACCCCUCGGCCUUCAAGACCUCUGAAGUCAUCAAUUCAGCCCAGCAAGCCUUAGAUAUGAGUGCUGAGAUCUCCACCAAUAACUGCAAAUUUUCCAGUUCACUGGCACACCAAACAAGAGAACAUGAUCAAUCUCAGAACUCUGUCUUUUCCAACAAAGAACCAUUCAGCACCAUCCAGGAACAGAGUCUUGCCCCCAGUGGCUCUUUCCAUGUGCCUAAUAAAUCUCUACUUCAGCAAGGAGUUCAGCCAUUCCUCUUGGAACACAGAGAGAGUCUCGGACAGGAGAGGACAGGCAACAAUGGCGGUUCAGUGGUGGGGCUUUCCCAGAUUGAUGACAACUCGCAGCAGCAGCUCUCACUUCUACCUCCAGAUGAGGUGGCACAACUGGAGCAGGCUGUACGGCAGCUGCAAGCGAAGGGAUUCUGCAACAUCCAUCUCCAGAGUGAGAAUUCACUAUCGAAACAAAGACAACAUCAACUUCAUCAGCAGCACCAGCAAAUUCAACAGCAGCAGCAACAAAUCCAGCAUCAACAACAGCAAAUCCAGCAACAGCAGCAGCACAUCCAGCAACAAGAGCAGCAAAUCCAGUUGCAGCAGCAGCAACACCAGCAGCAGCAAGCUCUGGAGAACCUUCAGCAUCAGCUCUUUCAGCCCCAGGUUCAGAUACAUUGUAGUUCAGAGCAGCAGAGCUCUUCCCAAGGUAUGGUUCAGAAUGGAAGCUCCCUCUUCCAGCAAACCCCAUCACAACAGCAGCAGCAGCAACAAGCGUCCUUGUUUCAACAAGCAACUGGCUUUCUUCAGCAGCAACCCAGUCAUUCCUCGCCUUCCCUGUUUCACAAUCCUACAGCCAUGACUGAAGCCCAAAGCCCACAGGAGGCUCUUUUCCACUCACAGAAGACCUCACCCAGUCAGGAUCAGGUCCAAGCUUCCCUUUUCCAAAGCAGUCUGACGGUUCUCGGUGGGUCCAACAUGUCUGCAGAAGCUCAGCCGUCUGCAACCAGUAUGUUUCUUUCCCAAAAUGCCAUACAAGGCCAACUUGCUGUUAAUGCUGGCCAGCCACCGCAAUUGGCCUUUCUCACUUCAAUGCAGACAUCUUCUCUCGAGGCACCAUCUGUAUUUCAGACUCCACCCCAACUGUCCCCCAUUCAGCAAGGCACUCCGAUGGAGCAGCAGCAGUCACCACAGCGUACCCAACCUGGAUCCAUGUUCCAGAGCAUCUCCCAGUCACCAAACAAACUCCCCCAUGGUCAGCAGCAGCAGGCUGGCCUACUCCUCGGUUCCUUAAAUUCUCCAGUGACACAAGAGCAAACUUCCAAUCUGUUAUUUGGUGGGCAAGUCCAGAUAGGAUCGAUGAACAACAGUAGCCUAGCUUCUCAAGAACAACAGAGCACUUCCCUUCCCUUCUCUCAGACCAGCAUGGUUACGGUCAGGCAGCAGGAGUCAUCUGAACCCAUGACGUUUCAGGAUCAGACUACUAUGGGGGUCAGCCCCUCCUCGAAUAAGCCCAUUUUCCAAGACCAGCAACCAAUGCAGUUGGCACCAAGUUCUGGUACAGCCCCUCCACAGUCUGUAAACCUCUUCAUGGCCCAGUCCGGCAUUCAAGGGGGAAUGGCUUCUCAAGACCCCAUUUUUGCAUCACAGAGUGAUGUAAGCCGGAUUCAGACUAGCACUUCCUCUCCAGUACAACAGCCUGGUCAACUCUUCCAGACCACAAUGAGUGGAAGUCUCAAUCAGGCCAACCAGAAUCAGCAGCCAGACCUGUUCCUCUUUGAGAUCCAGAAUGAAUGCAGUCAGCUGAUGAACAGCCAAGGAUCUACACUUUCUGAUCAGAUCAUUGCCAUCAAUCAGUCUGGACCGAGUCAGCAAGAGAGUGAGGGGCAAAUCCAGUCUUUACUUGGGCAGUCCCUGUCAGACCCUGGAACCGUGCAGAGCACUUUGACAACCUCUCAGAACAUGGAGAAGAUUGACGACCUUCUGGUGAGCCUCCAGGAGCAAAGCAAUAACAUCUCCCACUCCUACUAGGACCUUCAGUGUGUGUAGCUGCCCCAAAAUCUCCAUUCCAUAUGUGAUUGUAGAUUUCUUGUACACAUCUUGGAUAGUCGGGGUAUCCUCUAUUUUGAAUAUUUCAAGAAUAUAGGAUGAGGUAUUUCGCUCAGACCCCUUAAAAGAAAUAGCAAGACAUCCACUUUAGACUUUGUUACUGAGAAAGUAGAGUCGCCUGUUGAUCCAGGAUCUACAACUUCUGUCUGGAGACCCUCAAUGCAUCUUUUCAAGAGGAGCAUUUCUCUGAGGAACUAACAAAAUGCAACCCAUAUGUUCCUGCUAUAAAGACUGUCAUUAGUUCCGCAGCAACCCCAUCGUAAAUAAAGGCUUUGUGGCAUUUGAUAUAUAUAUUGAAGUUGCUUGAGUACACAGUAGGAUAUUUGAGGCACCUGGAAACCUAGAGAUUCCCCAGAGGGUUUCUCCGGUGUAGGAGUCUGAAGAACUAAAACGCUGCCGCGAGUAUCUCUUUAUUUUUACAGUGACAGAGAACAUUUUUAGAAGAUCAGGACACAUGGGAGGACUGCAGUUAUGCCUGAACAGGAUUUGUAGACAAUCCACUUUCUCAGUGAGCCUGUGAUAUCUAUUUUUAGCAGUUAACUAAACACCUUAUCAAGAAAGCUUGAUAGAAGCAGUCUGCAGUGAGAUUUUUAUUUUCAGCACUUUUUGUAAACAGACAUUAAUGCCUUUCUGUCUCAAUACACUUCGGUUUCUAUAAGCUAUUUUUCUUUUGGAAAAAAUAUUUUAUUCAGUCAAAUGGGGAAAGAAAAUAUCGAAGUAAAAAAAUAAAAUAAAUAAAAAAGCAUUUUCCUUCUAGCACUUUAUAUAUGUUUUCAGUGUGACUCAUUGACAUUUCAUUGAGAUCUAUCUCAAAACAUUUUUACUGUAUAAAUAAUUCUAGUGUCCUUCGUCUCUUUGGACUUCUGUCUAUUUUAGACUAACCCGUAUAAUACAACCAAUUAGAAAUGUACAUUCCUGAUUUAAAAAAACAAAACAAAAAAGCAGAUAUCAGUAAUCUGAAAAACAAAUUGCUUCUGAUAUUUAUGUGUGAUUUUGGUUUACAUAAGUAAUUUCUUGCUUGGUGUCUACUUUGUUUUGCAUGUCCGAGUGUCCUAUAUACAUGCAUAUGUGUGACAUUUUUGUUUUCUGAUGAUAUCUCUGUAUUCCUUUACUGGUUCUAAAAUAUUGAUGGUUCACGCUUGUAUCAUUUUGUGUCAUUGUGAUGGGUUAUUUUAUUCGCCAGUGUCUGGUACGCUGGAAUGAGGCAGAUUGUUUUUAUUUGCAAAUCAGAAAGGAGUGUCCAACCAGUAUUAUCCAACACACUGGCAUACAGUAAAUACAAACGCUGAAUAUGCUGGGGAAGCUACCCUUUGUCUUUUGUGGCAGAAAUAGCUUGCAUCAAUUUUCAAACUUUAUAGCCAAUAGACGGCAUGUCAAAACUGAAGACCGCGUGAAACAUCGGAUCUGCUUUUUCAAAUAUUGGCCAUUUCUUUUGCGGCUGAGGUGGUUCAGUGUUGGUAUAUUCGGUUAUGAAGUGAGUUUGUUUCGAAUGUAGAGAAACAUUAUGUGAGCUAUAUAUUUCUGGUAAUGUCAAGCUCAUGUGAUGUAUGUGCUCUAGCGUCACACAUGAUGUAAAGCUGCCAAACUAGUUUGAAUAUUAGGCUGAUGUGAAGUUAGCUGGCAGAUUGUCUUGUUGUAAGCAUCAGGAUGAAUAUAUACAUUAUGAGGGAGCUGUUCUCUGUAAUGUCCACAAAAAUGGCUCAUUUGAGCAUGCUAUAUGGUAUUCAAUGUCAAAUUUUUGACCGUUUUCUUUGCUCAGUACCUUGAGUGAUUUUUAUGCCUACUUUUUAGUAGAGACUAUUUUAUCCUCUUUUUGGAGAAGUUUUGCUUGAAGGGUGCUCUCAUAUAUCUCUGCGUGGGAAAGAACUGUGAACAGGAACUGGAAAAAAAAGUAUAUUUUUUGUGAUUUAUCUUCAUCUCUGUACAAUACUAAUUGCCCCCCUCCCCAACCCCAUAAUACUCAAUAUUUAUAUGAAUGUUUUACUUUCACCAUACAUCUUUUUAAAAAAUAUUUAUUUUGUGUCUCAAGAAUUUACACCGUUAGACUCAACGCCUAGAGUUCAAUUCAAAUGCAUAAUUUCAACAAUAUUUAUAUCUAUUAAAGAAAAAAAUGUGUGUUGUCCAUGUACUGUUGCAACAUCAUGAUUAGGCUACACAGACAUGGUUGAGAGUCUGUAUUAUACUUUCCUGUUGUACUUUCACUACUGCAAAAAAGAUAUUAUGGAUUAUUAAGGGAUUUAAUAACUUGCUUGUUAAAACCGAACUUUUCUAUAAUCAUUUCAUAAAUUUUUGGGAAAUGUAAGCCAUAAACACAAACAUUGCCAUCCCACCCAUGAAAAAAAAUAUCAGAUUUGUAUGAUUCUUGGGACCAAUUAUAAAUUAUUUUUAGUUUAAUUAAGAAAUCUAAACAUCCAUUUUGGGUGAAAUACGUUUUUUUUUUUUAUCAAUUAAAUGUAAUUGUGCAAUGUCUGUCCUUUAGUAGUAAUUUUCUUUGAAAGUCAUAAGUCACCGUUGAAAAGUCUUUGCAUAUAACAAAUUGAUUAAUUUAUUUGUAUAAUGAAACACAUUUUUUCCAAUUCAUCCCAGUCACAAAAUCGAUACUAAACAAUAUGCCUUUAAAGUCAAUAAAUGUGUAUGUUGGUUGACGCUCUAAAUAUAAAGUAAUUGGUAGCUGUGCCUUCUGAUUUUUUUUAUUUAAAAGCAGAUAAUUUCAUGGCAAUUGCCUUUUUGACUGCUCAUGAAGCCAAUGGCCAACCAAUAAACAUGUAUGACUACAUAAAGAAAAGGCAAUAUAUAUGUUUUUUUUGUUUAAUAUAUUUUUUUUUCAGCAGGCAAUAUAUUGCUUUAAAGAGUUAAGCAGUCAGAAAAUACUGCUUUUUCAUAUUCAGUUGGAUUUCUUUAAUCCUUCAUCAAAAAUGAACUUAAACUGUUAUGCUUCUGUUGCUUAUUAAUAUAUGAUAAUUCCUUAUGUGCUAUAAUGAUGUGCACUAUAGGUAUUAUGUCAAUCUUACAGCAAUAUACUUUCAUGUGUCAGUUUGCAAUAAUGUGUUGUCAGAUUUGGAAAGUCUCCAUUGGAUGUGAAAAAAAAAGCUACUUCUGACAUAUUUGUACAAUUUAUUACACAAAUCAUGUAUUUUGCUUUUUUUGGGGCAUUUUUACUCUUGCAUUUAUUUUUUUCCUGUAAAUGUGCUGCUAUGUAUCAAUAAAAAUAGGUUAAAUAUAAAUAA